AUGGGUUUGAUCAAUUUAAAAAUAGAAAAUUCAAUUAAAUUGGAAAUUAAAUCCAAAAAGUUUGAUGUUUGUUUUAUUUGGAUAUCAGAAACAGGUCAGUCGGUCUUGGAUCAACAACAACUCAAUGCUAUAUUUAAUUAA